ACCGAACCGAACCGAAAGCAGAAGACCACAGCUUAGAUGAUGAGCAGCAGAACGCAGGACGCGGACGGUGCCUCGAUCAGAUUCAGCGACCACACACUGGACAAGGCCACCAAGGCCAAGGUGACGUUAGAGAACUACUACAGCAACCUGGUGACGCAGUAUGGCGAGCGGAAGCAGCGCCUCGCCAAGCUGGAGGCGCAGCUGAAGGACGAGAGCCUCUCGGAGGCGCAGCGCCAGGAGAAGCGGCUGCAGCAUGCCCAAAAGGAGACGGAGUAUCUUCGGCUGAAGCGGCUGCGCCUGGGCGUCGAGGAUUUCGAGGCCCUGAAAGUCAUCGGACGCGGCGCCUUCGGUGAGGUGCGCUUGGUCCAGAAGAAGGACACCGGACAUGUGUACGCCAUGAAGGUGCUGCGCAAGGCGGACAUGCUCGAGAAGGAGCAGGUGGCCCAUGUGCGCGCCGAGCGGGAUGUCCUCGUCGAGGCCGAUCACCAGUGGGUGGUCAAGAUGUACUACAGUUUCCAGGAUCAAGUCAACUUAUAUUUGAUAAUGGAGUUCUUGCCUGGCGGUGAUAUGAUGACGCUGUUGAUGAAGAAGGACACGCUAUCCGAGGAGGGCACACAGUUCUAUAUCAGCGAGACGGCAUUGGCGAUCGACUCGAUUCACAAACUGGGUUUCAUACACAGGGACAUCAAGCCGGAUAACUUACUUCUGGAUGCGCGAGGGCAUCUCAAGCUCUCUGACUUUGGACUUUGCACUGGCUUGAAGAAGUCGCAUCGGACAGACUUUUAUCGGGAUUUGUCGCAGGCGAAACCAUCCGAUUUUAUUGGCACAUGUGCCAGUCCGAUGGACUCAAAGCGACGUGCCGAGUCGUGGAAGAGAAACCGACGCGCCCUCGCCUACAGCACGGUGGGAACGCCGGACUACAUUGCACCCGAAGUAUUCCUGCAGACCGGCUACGGACCCGCCUGCGACUGGUGGUCCCUGGGCGUCAUCAUGUACGAAAUGCUGAUGGGCUAUCCCCCGUUCUGCUCGGACAAUCCCCAGGACACCUAUCGCAAGGUGAUGAACUGGCGCGAGACUCUGAUAUUUCCGCCCGAGAUUCCCAUCUCGGAGGAGGCCAAGGAGACGAUUAUCAACUUUUGCUGCGAGGCCGAUCGCCGGCUGGGCUCCCAGCGAGGACUCGAGGAUCUGAAGUCAGUGCCGUUCUUCCGGGGAGUCGACUGGGAGCACAUACGAGAACGUCCCGCGGCCAUACCCGUUGAGGUGCGCUCAAUUGACGAUACGUCCAAUUUUGACGAGUUUCCCGAUGUGUCGCUGGAGAUACCAUCGGCACCCAUACCGCAGGGCGGUGAGAUUGCCAAGGACUGGGUCUUUAUCAACUACACGUACAAGCGAUUCGAGGUGCGAAACUUGGAGUGAGUCCCGAAUAGGAUUUGGAGCAGGAAUCAGAGCAGAAGCAGAAGCAGCUUGAAGGUUGCCGCACUUUGCCACCCAUUUUAUCACCACCACAGCCGUCGUCUCUCUAACACCAUCACCACCAAGAGCAUUCUCCACGCUAAACGAAAGCCCCCCCAUUUUCCUUUUUGAAUGUCUUACCCACAUGUGUAUUUAAAUACUAGCUAACAUUUGUGAUUCCAAACAAAAAGAAGAAUAUGAUAACGCGAACAAACGAUGUAUUGUAUGUAAAAAAGUUUUGCUUAAAGCGUCACCCGCGCCUCGGGUUAGGUUAAACGCUAUACUAAUCCUCCCAUGUCCUUCCAUUGGCUUUGUUCAACCCCUAUCUUAACCGUUUAAACGUUGUGUUUGUAAACCAGAACCCCAUUAAGGACCCAUUUGGCAAUUAUUUAUAUAUAUAUGUAUUGUUUACUUCAUUGGGCAGCAGCAAAAUACCCAUAAAUUUAUUAUUUAGCCAAUUGAGAAAUGUUAUAACUUUUAGGCACGUUAAUUAUACGUAUAUGUUUUGUAUCAAUUUAUUAUGAAACAAAGUCUUAAUACUUAGUAAAACCUAAAAACACUCAAAACGCAAUUGCAAAACGGAUCGAAAAUCUAUCACACAAAUUAGUUACUAAUGCCAAUAGCAACAAACGCAAAUCUAGACAGCAAAAUAAACAGCAGUAUGUUUAAAUAUCGGUUUCGUUCUAUGUACACAUCCCCCACCCCCUCCCACGGAUACGAAUAUAUAUUUAAAGCAUUCUACUGUAGCUCUUCCCGCUGGAGUUUUAAGUUCCACGUAAUUGUAGUUUGAGCAAAAAAAAAGUGAAUUACUGAACAAGUUACCGAGUUACAGCUGGCAAGUAUAAAUUUAAUUACAUAGCAAACACUCUACCCCGAGCAGUUGCAGAAUGCGAACUUAAAAUAAUUGAUAAUAUACCUAUAAAUAAAUUAAACGAAUAAACAAGUUUUAAGAAAUUAUUUUUGGUAAUAGAAUACAAUAAUAGUAAGCAUACUGAUAAUUCGAUAAUAAUGCUACACAGCAACAUGAAAUGCAAUAAUAAAUGAAACAUGUGCAUAAUAACUAACAA